AAAAAAAAGGAAAAGAGUAAAGAUAAAAAAAGUUGUAUAGAAGCUGAGAGAGCUGUUUCCGUUAUCCGAUUGUCUGUUUUUUCUCCUGCUCUCUCUCUCUCUCUCUCUCCGUCGAUAUUUUUUCUUUAUUGGGGAUCAAAUUAGGGUUUUUGUUAGCCCUUGAAUAACCGAGUCGACUCAGCCAUGCAUUCUGAUUCAAUUGCUGCCAACGCUUCCAACAUCCCUACGGCUGCCUCUAACGCCAAAGAUUUCGCCAAGAAAAAGAGGGUUAAUCGGUCUGCCAAGUUGAAGCAGUGCAAGCUCGAUGCUCGUCGUGAGCAGUGGCUCUCUCAAGUCAAGAACAAGAGUGGGAAGGAGGAAUCAAAUGGUGGAACUAUUGUUCAGCCAAUGGCCACUGCAGGCAAUAGGAUGGGCAGAGCCAUAGAGAAGCUGGAAAUAAGGCCAAGGGUGGAGGAAGGGAAUGAUGGUGGAUCCGUACAUCAUUACAGCGAUUCUGAGUCACCCUCAAAUAGCCCAAUGAGCCACACUGGAAGUGUCCUGGGAGGCAAUGACUCCGGUACGAAUUUCACUGGGAGCAGUAGCAGCAGCAGUAGUAGCAGCAGUGGUGGAUGUUGUUCAGGAAGCAUGAGUGAAGAGGAUGAAGAUGGAGAGGAUGGAUGCUUGGAUGAUUGGGAGGCUGUGGCUGAUGCUUUGGCUGCUACAGAUGAGAAGCAGCAAUUGCAUAUUGGUACAGCUCCUGUGGAUAAGAAUAUUGCCCAUUUUGACUCUCAGUCAGAUGUAAAUCACCAGACAGUUUCUGGUAUUGAUAUUUCGAAAGAAAAGCCAGAGAAUGGGGUAUCAGUGCAGAGAGCUCCAGUGAAUUGCUGUGCAUGGAGGCCUGACGAUGCUUUUAGACCUCAGAGUUUGCCCAACUUGUCCAAGCAGUACAGUUUCCCAAUGAAUUCAGAUAGGCAUUAUGGCUGUGGUGGAUCUGUCUGGGGUUGCAAGAAUGCUGCAUCCAUACCAAAAUCUUGCCCUAUCUGCUAUGAGGAUCUGGACUUCACUGAUUCAAGUUUUCUUCCUUGUUCUUGUGGGUUCAGGCUUUGUCUUUUCUGCCACAAGAGGAUUCUUGAGGAGGAUGGGCGCUGUCCUGGCUGUCGUAAGCAGUAUAACUAUGAUCCUGUUGAGGGGGAGGCAACUCUGGAUGGAGGCAGCCUGACAUACCGAUUGGGUCGUUCUUGUAGCAUGAUAACGAGGUCUUAGGAAAAGUGUCUAUUUCCCUUUAAUGUAUGCUGCGUCUCCCUCCCUCAUGCAGUAUCACUCGGCUUUAUAAUUUUAGACUCUGAUUUUAGUAGCGUUAGUUGUUGGUAUAGGAGUGAUUUUCAAGCACAGGAGUAUUAAUAUGGUUUAAUGAUUUUGAUCCAUAUUUCUAUGAUGCUUGUGCUAAUGUAGAAGGCUCAUUAUGUGAAUAGAUAAUGUGGUAUAGAAACUGAACAUAUAAUAUUGGAUUGAAAACAGCUUAUGGAGUGAAUUUUCGUGUACUGGAUUAAUUUACUGUUACCAAUGAAAUAAAUUCAAAAUAUAUCCACGUAA